AUGGCGAGCGCGGCGGUGCCCGCGCAGCCCCACGACGCGGAGGCCGCGCAGGAGCGAGGCGCGGCGGCGCCCGCGGAGACGGAGCCGACGGAGGUGUCAGGCGGGGCCGGGGCGGCGGCGGUGCUGGGAGAGACGGGGCUGGCCGUGGGCUGCUGCAUCGCGGCGGCGCUGAGCUGGGAGCGGCCCCUCCGCAGCCUGGGCGGCUUCGUCUGCGCCAACCUGCUCUUCUGGUUUGUUGCAUUGACCCCUUGGAGAGUGUAUCAUCUGACUUCCCUUAUAGUCCUUGGAGUGUUAAUUCUUCAGAUAAUGAAGGAUUUGGUAUUCUCAAAGAUAAAGGGUGCGCAGCUUUGGAGGACUAUCACUGGCAACUGGAAAGUCACAGAUUCCAGUCAAGACUACAGACCCAGAAUAAAUCAGUGCGUUUCAGAAACACUGAUGAAUUUAUUUGUAUUUCUUCAAGAAAUGUCCCACUUUAAGGAACAAAACCCUGGCAAGUUUUGCCUAUUAGUCUGCAGCAUAUGUACGUUUUUCACUGUCUUGGGAAGUUACAUUCCUGGAGUUGUCCUCUCCUAUGUCUUGUUAUUGUGUGCCUUUUUAUGUCCCUUCCUUAAGUGCAAUGAAUUUGGACAGAAACUGUGCAGCAAAAUAAAGACUGUUCUGAUGAAACUAGAUUUUGGAAUAGUGGAAUAUAUCAACCAGAAGAAAAAAGAGAGAUCUGAAACAGCAAAAACAAAACCUACAGAAGAUGACAGUGAAUUAGACAUAUCAGCUCUGUGUCCUAAGGUUAGUCCUGCAAUUGUUGCCAAAGAGCUGUCAGUGUCUGACACAGAUGUCUCAGAAGUGUCCUGGACCGACAAUGGGACCUUCAACUUAUCCGAGGGGUAUUCUCCACAGACAGACACAUCUGACGAUUUUGACCGACCUAGUGAUCACGAAGAAGCUUUCACUAGAGAUCUUUUAGAGUUUCCCUCUUUAGAAAAUGGUGCCGGCACAAACGAUGACGAUGACUCAAGCAUCGGUUUGCCUGCCCAGCAAAAACAAAGGAAAGAACAAACUGACGUCAAGGCGGAUCGCGCUUCCAGACAGAGUAAAGAGAGACCAUCCACUGCAGGGUUGUCCUUGCCUUUGACCAGUGACCAAACCUUUAAUUUAAUGAGUGGAAUUGCUGGCGAUGUCAUCACAGCUGCAGUGUCUGCUGCCAUCAAAGACCAGCUGCAGUCCCUACAGCAGGCUCCCUCACAGGCAGGGCCCAGUUUGAGCGAGGAGACAGACACGGAGGAAGCUGAUGAUUUUGAACUGCUUGACCAGUCUGAGCUAGAGCAGAUUGAGAAAGAAUUGGGACUUUCACAAGGUCAAGAAGCAGAAUCCCAGGAAAAGAAAAAGUCUUCAGGCUUCCUUUCAAAUCUGCUUGGAAGUCAUUAGCCUGGAAGUUGCAGCUGGUAACACAGAAGAAAUUAAACAUAAGACACAAAGAAAUGCCGUCAAAUGCAAAAAACAAAAAAAGAAAAAAGAAAAAAAAAAAAAAAACACACACACAAAAAAAAAAAACAAAAAAACACACACACACAAAAAAAACCCACAACAAAAAAAGAGAGAGAAGAAAAUUCUGAGCUGUAAGCUUUAACUAUCCCUUUAGAUGUGUUGUAAUAAUUUCCCUUACGCAGAGUGAAUUAACUGGAUAAAUAUCAGCUAAUACUGAUAGUUUAAUGUUUCUGGUAGUUAUACCUCAAGGUAAUAGCAUGGAAAUGAAUUAUCUAUCCACUGUUUGGUUGCAGAUGCGUGGUGGAAGUCAGUUGUUCAAAACAGUUGGGGGAGAGGUUUCUUUUAUCUUUUUGCCAACCAUGUAUUUUGGGGUCCUGAGCCAAAUUUUCAAUAUCAGCAGUUUUACUUACUCUAGUUUUCCAAUCAUGUAAUAUGGUUAAUGACUCACAUUGUGAGGGCAAGUUAUCAGAGGGCUGCAGUGAGAUUAACUGCAUCUGACCUCCUUCAAUCCUACCAAAAAGUAUGGAUCCCUGCAGUUAGCAUUAUGUGUAGUGCAUCUACUAUGUAUGGAACACAUUAACUGGCACAACCGGAGUUUAAUGAUGUGUGCACACUGUAAAAACCCCUAGAUUUCAUACUUAAAACUUUUGGAUUAUUUUGGAUAUGGUGAUGCAUUUCCAAGUUUUUUGCUGUUAUAGGCUUGUAGAGUUGUAAAGUGGCAUGUUAUAUGACUGACCACCCGCUGUGUUCCUUGAUGGAGUCUGGUCCUUGGUGGUACUGCCCAUGUGAAGUCAGCCAAUGAAUCUUUAUGCUUAAAAGCUAAUAUUGUGUAAACUGAACAACCUUUUGGGGAGCAGGUGAGGGUAGUUAUUGUUUGGGGUAGAGAUUAAAGAUUAAAAAAAAAAAGGCAUAAAGGCUUUUUAUGUGCCAUUUCCUUAAUUCGAGAUUCUGUAGGUUUUUGUUUGGCUUUUUUUCCCAUGAUAGCUGCUUCCACUUGGUAUGAAGGUUGUAUUGCAAGCUAAUUCUUUUGAGAUACUUAGACACAUUUGGUGAGGUCAGUUGCUAGAGAAGACACUCAGAAUCUUCUUCUUGGCAUGUAAUUUAGAACAAAAAUGAACUUGUUUAAAUUAUUUUCCAGUUUAAAGUCCACACAUGCUGAGUGGCAUGGGAUCUCAAGCAAAAAAAAUAACUUAUUUUUCUAGGGCUUUUUUGUUCACCUGUGACAAAACUGCUUUGCAAUACCAAGCAAUAGUAAUGCAAGAAACAGGAAGAAAUAAAACUAGUUUUUUUAAUGUGAUGUAUACCAUUAGCAAAGUUGAGGGACCAUGUCAGCUGCUACUACUACUCAAGUAAAUUUCCAUUUGCUGGCAUUUGAAGAGGUAAAUACUAUCAUCUAGGACCCUCAAAAGGUACAGCAACAGAUGAUAAAAAUCUUCCACUAACAUAUAUGUGUAGAUAAACCUGUGUUUGAAAUGAACUUCAUUUUGUAUUUUUUUUCCUUUAGAGGUGGAAAAAUAGGCAGAUGGCCAAAAAGAGUAUAGCAAAAGGAAAGAUGCUGAGAUUUUUGACACUAGCUUUAUUGUUGCUUGUGCUUUUUGUGUCAGUAACUCAUAUUGACCGUGUUUGCUGUCCUUUACCAGUAAAAGGGUAAGCCUGUGCCUUCAUUAUCAAAUGGAUAUAGAUCCCACAAGAUGCAGCUUUCAAAAUUACAAUAUCUCAACACCUCAGUUUCUGGAAACCAUUAGAAAACAUGGCCUACAUCACUUCCACCACAUUUGGUGCUAAGUUUCUUCUUUAGCGUUCACCAGCCUGUUCUUCUCAUUUGGAAAAAACAAAUUAAAAAAUCAAAUACCCAAUCAAAUACCAAAAUUUUAAAAAUCCUUUUGUAGGAAAAUCAGUGAAUUUAAAAAGUUCUCAGAUGACUUAAAAGCCUAAUUUCCUUGCCACAUGUUUAGGACAAUCUGUACAGUUAAAAGAGUAAAAAUCAAAAUUGCUGAUGAAGCUUUGUAGGACGCCCAAACAACUGUGUGCUUCCUUGUCCAGGAGUCCUGGUGCCAGAAGGGGAAACAGGCUGCAGGACAGGGAGAGGUAGGAGGGAGGGAGCCAUUCUUCACAAGCUUUUCUGGAGCAGAGUGGCAGGACAGACUAGCUGGCUGUCAAUGGUGGCAUUGUAACAGCGUGCACUUUAUUGUUGUUUUACAAAAAAUACUUGUAGUUAUGAGCGUAUGUAAUACAGGGGCACUCUUCUAGAAAAAUAGAUUAGAUCAGAAAGAAAAGCAGUUGGAGGAGUUUCUCAGACUUUUUGUUAAUUACCCAUUUUCUGGUUUCAAGAUAGGUAAAUAGAUUGAUUUGAUUUUUUUUUUCCCCCCUGAAAGAUAAAACUAACCAAAACUUGAACAAGUACAUCAUUAACGUUAGGGAUAUAGUUGCUUAUCUGAGUUUCUUUAGACACUUUUUUUUUUUUUCUGCUGUCAUGGUAGUGAAUUACAUUCAAGCCCCUAAAUACUGUGUAAUGGGAAGGAUGUAAUUCUAUAACAUUUCAUAUUCUUCCUCAGGUAGUGAAAAGAUGUCUCAUUUUCUGCAGGAAAUUAUCUCUUCCCUUCCACACAACCACAUGUAAGAAAAACUUCGCUUGGACACAAUACAUUCCACUGCCAGCAGUUUGCCAGCAAAACACAAAGAAAAUGCUUCUCUCCUUUGUGGAUCCCUUCCACACUGCCCUCAGCUGGAAAUCCCUUGAGAAAACUUCAUUUUGCUAUAUUAUAGCAGCAGCCACGGAAUAGCAGUCCCUUAAAAAUUCCUGUCACAAUGGUCCACAGUGUCUUUCCUACCGAGUACUGUCAUCACCUUCCUAUCCUUCAAAGUGAAUGCAUGGGCAGGAAGACAGGCAAGGGAGUAUGAGGCACUGCAUAGCUUUGAAACGUGCAGUUUUUCCAUGGAAAGCCUGGUGGCAUGUGAUUUCUAGUCAAAAGGCACAUGGGCAGUGUACAGGGCAUAGUGUGUUACCCCAUGCCGUGGGGUAACAGUGUGUGAUCCUGCCCUGGGAUCAGUACGGCUUGUGUUGUGCGUGUGCUCGUACCUGGCAAUAAAGGGCUCACCCUCCUGAGUCUUGCAGUGGCUUCUUCACGCGUCCUGAUGGAAGAGGACGUAUGUCAGGGCAGGGAUGCAGGUCACUUUCAUACUCGGAAAAUUCCCCCUUGUGUCAAUACACGGGAGUGACAGGAUCACCAUCUGGUUGGUGGCCUUAGGUGUGUCAAAUCCAGUGCAAAACCACCCGUUUCCAGCACACACGGUUUCCAUGUGUACAUGCCGCACACCUACUGACCAUUCUUGUUAGUGGAGAAAAAUACUAUUCUCUGCAGAAGAGUUUAAAUAAUUGUAACCCAAAGUAACAGGAUCUGAAGAGAUACUCCUUCUACUUGUUCUGUGUUCGUUCUGCACUUUUUCCAGGCUGUCCCAGCCUUCUGAACAAAUCCCUGUAGUCUCCACGUCUGUUCUCAGCACAUGAGCGGCGUCACAGUCUGUGAGUAACCCCCGCCCGGGCAACCAGAAACUGGAGAAUUAAAAAAUGUCUGUAUUUAAGUAUUCUGCAGCACUUUACCUGCCUGAUCACUGUUUUGUAAACAUGGAACUAUUAUAUUGAUUGUUUUAAUAAAUAUGUGUUAGUUUUUAUCUUU